AUGAGCUUUUCCGUCGUUUCGCAAAGACAUCUACUUCACACUUAUGCUAUCUGGAUUCGAAUGAGACGACGUGGCCUUUGCCUUCAACUUCUUCUAUUCUUCAUCUAUGCAGUUUCUCAAUGCUCUGCCGAAUGUUCUGAUGUCUCCUUCUCGUCCGUUGCAUCGAAAUUAGACGGUCUGAAGAGAGUGACACGUCUGUCGGUCAGUGGACAUAUUUCGGCAUAUCAUGUUAAGGUUUCCAUCUCGGAUGACGACUUUCAGUUGGUUCGAGUCUCGAACGGGAAUCCACUGGUCCUCUAUUCUACGUUAUCGAACACGCCAUCUUGGACACACGUCGACUUUUUAGCUUCAGAAGUCCGGAUAUUGCCGGCUUUUGAACAAGCAACUGAAGAUGUACGGGGGCCAUUGUUGAUUCUUACCGUUUGUGAUUAUGACACACCUAUUACUGCAUUCGAUGACUCAUCGUACACGGUUGAAUCACAUCAUGCGGGACUUGUAUCCAUGUAUGAAAAUGAUCUAUGUGUAGUAUUUAGAACCUAUCGAUCAGGAGUGUUCUUUUUUUCAAUGGCAGAUCAAGGAGAUGUUCUGAUUGCUCAGAUUAUCCACGGAACUAUUCAUGUCAUAUUUGAUUUUGGAUCUUUAACACCUUCGAGGAUAAGUGCUGGAAAAGCGCUGGAUGAUGGCAGAUGGCAUGAGGUAUUCCUUGAUAGACUGAGAUGGCUUCAUCAAUUCGAUUCGGUUCAACUCUCAAUAGAUGGAGUCCUGCUGAAUCAAACUGCUCCGACGGGUCUCUAUCGAAAAUUGGACUUACAUAGUGUGGUACAUAUUGGAGGAAGACCUGCUGAUGACUUCUCGCAAGGGAUUGAGACAACUUUCACCGGAUGCAUCGCCCGCCUUCAACUCAACAAUGCUGACCUCCUCCAACUCUCUCCUAGCGAAGUUCAUAGUCAGUGUCAGAUGCCAAAACCUCCAUCUUUCACUCUUCAUAAUGCAUCUCGUGCAGUUCUUCCGUUCACAUUCCUCCCUUUUUCAUUCGAAUUUCGAAUAGUUCCAAUUAAUGGUCGAUUGGUAACUCUAUUUGAUGCCGAAAACGGAACACUGGUGGAUGUAGUCGUCGACGAGGAGAAGAAACUGCAUCUCGUAAGCAACAUCACCAAGUUCAAACAAGCUGCAAAUCCAGCAAUCGACGUGGCAAAUGGCGCCUGGCACAGUUUCUCCAUGAGAAUUCGAGGAGUUCGGAUGGAAAUCGACAUAGAUGGAUACACAGUGCUUUGGCUAGAAGGACAUGAAGUUCGGAGGAUAUCUCAGAGACUUUCUAAUUUUAUUUUAUCCGCUAGUGGAUGUUAUAGAAGUGCAACAAUCGAUUUGACAAGUGUUCGAGUUGAUGGAAAUGUAACAAGAGGAGAGUGCACAUUCCAAGAAAAAUGUCUUCCGAACCCUUGUGAAAAUGGAGGAGGAUGUGUUCAAUCUGCACUGGACGAUUACGUCUGCAACUGUAGAGAUGGGUAUAAGGGAAAGAAUUGUCAUACAACUGAUCUUCCACACUCUUGUGAGGAAUGGGUGUUUACGAAAGGAAAUAAGCAGAAAGCAGUUCAAGGAAGAACAGUUUUGAUCGAUAUUGACGGUGGUGGAGAAAUGCAACCGAUUAAUGUGACCUGUAAAACGGAAAGAGACGAAUUGGGAGUUGAUGGAGUUAGCACUAUUCUUGAACAUGAUCUUAUAAGACCCAUGAUAGUCACAGGAGACAAUAAACCGGGAGCUGUGAGAUAUUCACUAACGUAUGGAAUAAGUAUCGAGCAAAUGGAUCGGUUGGUGGAAGGAUUUGAAGCAUGUAGCCAGUUUAUGAGAUACACUUGUCGUGGAGGUGUCAGAUUGAUGACUCAAGGAGAUGAGAGAAGUCCUUCGUCUUGGUAUUCAACGAGAAGUGAUAAACAUGGAUUACAGUGGGGAGAAGCUCCUCCGUAUUCUAGAAUGUGUUCAUGUGCAAUCAAUGGGAGUUGUCUUCACAAUAGAAUGUGUAACUGUGAUAGUGGAGAAGAUUCAACAGAUGAAGGUGUCAAUCCAUACUCACAAUUACUUCCAGUCACUGGUCUUUUUCUCGGCGGAACUACUAAAUCAUCUUCGAUUGAAGUUGAAAUAGGACCUUUGAAAUGCAGGAAUCGUGCUACUUUUGACCCAGUAACUUUCUCAGACCGAAAUGCAAAAUUGAGUGGAACACAAACCUUCAACCAGAGAACUUUCGACGUAUCUCUUCAUGUAAAGUUCUCUCACUCUCAAAUGUCGAUUCUCUCGUGGCAUUCGACUGAUGAUCUACACUGGUUUCAUUUAUAUGUCAAUGAUGGAAAAAUAGUUGGAGAAGUUGUGAAUGGCGGAGAAAGUCAGCAGAUUGUGUCGGAUCAUCGGUAUGAUGAUGGAAAGUUCCAUGCAAUUUACUGGGAAGUUGAUUCGACAGGAAUGUUUCUGAAGGUUGAUGGACAGCGGAAAUCUCUGAAAACUUCUUUUGUACUUCCUACAGUAUACAUGUGGAUUGUUGGAUCAAGAACUGAGAAAGGUUCUACAGGAUUCGCAGGCGUUAUACGGAAUGUCUAUCUGUGUGGUGUUGAAUUGACACUCGGACAGUAUGCAAGAAAAGAGACUGAACGUGGAAUCGCACUAGGGGAUGAUGGAUACUGUAGACCAGAUUUAUGCCAAAAUGGAGGACAGUGUGUUGAUAAAUACGAUGGAUAUGUUUGUGAUUGUAGUAUGACUCCAUUUGGAGGAAGCGAUUGUUCGAAGGAGUACGGAAUGAUGGUUCCUGCUGGAUCUUCGAUUCAGAUCCCAUGGCAAAAUCCAGCUCAUCAGUCAAUGUGUCAUCGUAUCGCAAUUCAAACUGCAUCUAGGAACACAACUAUCUUAAGAUCCAAAGCUCUUUUCGCUGAUUCUACAUUCAAUAUGACUGUUGAUGAUAAUGGAAACCUUCAAAUGAUGGCAUACGAUGGAUUCUUUUUUCACUUCAAACGGAAUUCAAAACAUCAUAAUUUGAGUGAUGACGUCAUGCACGACAUCUCAUUUUGUGCAUCGAAGCAUCAUUUUAAUGUGUCAGUCGAUGGCAUGCAAGUGAUCACAAUUGAAGGAAAUUGGACAUUCUUCGAAAGUUUCAAUGUCUGGCAUUUCCUAGAUGAAAAUUUCGAAGGUUGUGUUUCUCGGGUACAAACGGGAUCAGCUUUUCCACUGAAAAGUCCAAAGACCGCAAGACUUAAUUAUUCAGGAAAGAUCCGCUUUGGGACAUGCCCUAUAGAGGCAGUAUCCCGACAAAAAAUGUACGACUUCAGCCCACAGCAGGAGGCGACAUCAUCCACGAUGAAGACUUCGACAGAGGAUAUAAAAAUAUUUUCUGUAUCUCAAGCUAAACAAGAUCUUAUGUCGAAAGCAAUGGUCGGUGGAUUUUUCGCACUACUCAUCUUCAUAGUGUGCAUGAGUGCACUAAUAUGCUACAUGAGAACACAACCCGAAGGAGUUUAUAAAACCAAUGAGACAGGUGAAAACUGUUCUCCGAGCCGAAGUGAAGAACCGUUGGUACAUAAUGGUAAUAACAACAACAGCACUCCAAUGUAUGCCUCAAACAAAGAGUAUUUCUGUUAA